AUGGCAAAACGAAAACGCGGAGGCCGUAGUACAGCUCCAGGAAGAUUCGACCCGGAGGACGUCCGCAACGUCAAACACACUCGCAUUGGCGUCUGGGACCUUUAUGAAGAAAAACACCCAGAACUGGCACGCAUUCCGGGCUCGUCCAGGCUGGAAACAGUCUUGCAGAUGUCCCAUAGUAUACCAUAUGUCUGGCAAAUGAUCAAAGACAUCACCAGCAUUCCUCGCUGUUGGAUUUUCUUGUCUUUUUAUAUGAUAGCAGAAAUCGUAGAAAUUGCCGUCGAGAAGCGAGAUGUUGAUAAACAGCUGCUUUUGCACGUCGCUGCAGGAAGGAUUGCUUGCACAAUAGCAUCACGUUUGCUACAGUAUGCACGGGGCCGUUUGGCGCUCCCUCUUAACAUGCGCAUCAAACAAUAUUAUUCUACUCACAUCUACCACUCUAUGGCCCGUCUAGAUGUGCCUACUUAUGAAGAUCCCGCUGUUCAGAGACAGCUUGAAGCAGCUUGGUCCACUUCCUGGAACUCUAGCGUCGCAUGGGAAACAAUUCAAAUGACCUCUACAGUUUUCACCAUUGCACUUCGCCUGAUAUCGCAACUGUCAGUAUUAUUUGCUGUUCUACGUGAUCAGCGAGAUGGUCCUCUGCUGGCUGUACUGAGUUUCUCGCAAUCUGUAUUCCAGUGGUAUAUCUGGGCAGCAACGACGAAGAACACCGAUUACGUUAGAAUGCAAGGCUUAAAGCAAGUUAUUAAUGACGCUUCUCAUCGCAAAGAAGUCGUCGCUGGGAAUAUGUCAGAAUAUAUGACCUCUCAAUUUCGGGACUCCACCAGUCGUGUGGGUGAUGAUGCAGGCGACUUCCAUGAAAUGCGCAGACUGUAUGCUGUACGGGAUAGACUGACGUUUGCAUCAAUCCUCAAAGAGCCUCUACGAGAAUUGCCUCAGAUCGUGUUCACUCUGCGGGCUGUUCAAUAUCCUGCCUCCAUACCUCUUUCCCUCGCCUCGUUGACUCUCAUAAACCAGGCAUCGAGCUCAUUCAGCUCGAGCUUAUUCCAGUUUUUUGGUGAAUCAUUCUCUCUUGCCGAGCAGUACUCAAGUGUCCGCAAACUCUACGAAAUUGCCCAUAUACCAAAUCGGAUUUUGGAUGGCAAAGAGCCAUUCCCAGAAAAUUCAAGAACCUUAGACUCUGGUAUUUUAAUCGAAUUUAGAAACGUUUCCUUUAAGUACACUGACGCUGAAAAAUAUGCUCUCCACAAUGUGUCGUUCAAAUUGAACCCAGGACAACUCUGUGUUAUCGUGGGUGUGAACGGCUCUGGAAAGAGCACAAUACUAAAACUGAUCGCGCGCAUAUACGAUCCUCUCGAAGGAGAGAUCCUUCUGGACGGUAGAGAUAUACGCACUUUGAAGCUUGUGGAUCUACGCCGUGCGAUGUCUAUGCUUUUCCAGGAUUACACGCACUUUCCACUAUCCAUAAAAGAGAACAUCGGCCUUGGUGAUCCCACUCAUGCACUCGACGAUGACAAGAUACGUGAAGCCGCAAGGUUAGGAGGAGCAGAAGAAUUUGUCAAUCGUCUUCCGGACGGUUUUGAUACAUACCUUGAUCGACCGGUCCAUGAUUAUUACUCGAGUCUUCCCGAAGGGACCACGUCACUGUUUGGCAGACCGGUCGAUUACAGCCAUGUACGCGGUGCAGGGAGAAUGCAGUCUACCAGUUCAGCAACACUGAGUGGUGGCCAGAUGCAACGACUAGCUGUGUCUCGCACAUUCAUGCGAUCACUAAUUUCUGGUUCCGAGCCUUCAGUGGGUCUCUUACUUUUUGACGAGCCCAGUGCAUCUCUAGAUCCCACGGCUGAACACGGUGAGUCCGUUUGUAUAGCUUUCGUGUACAUGCUGUUUCUGAUCCAUAUUCAAGAUCUAUUUGAAAGACUGAGAGCAUUACGUGGUAAUAAAACGAUGGUGUUCUCGUCACAUCGUUUUGGAAAUUUGACGCGCCACGCUGAUCUGAUAUUGUAUAUGAACGACUCUGUGAUAGAAGAAGAAGGCACACAUGACGAGCUUUUGAAGAAGGGAGGUCACUAUGCAAAGAUAUGGAAUCUGCAAGCAAAAGCCUUUCUAUGACAAGGUCGCUAUAUUGUAUGUUGGUGUCUUUAGAAUAUGUAUAGCAUUAAAAGUGAAGUCUUGUAAUGUAUUUUUCUGGGAGCUAA